CCCUUCGUACUCCCGCCUUGUGCGCGCGGUAGGCUAUAGCUACAGCGGGAUGCGGUCGCGCGCCUUGUUGUUUGUGUUCGUCACUUCAGCGUCCGCUGUCUUCACCGGGAACAAACAGUUCAUCGUACCAGUCUGUUUUGUUCCAGUAUCUCCACCCACCUGCUGUUUCUGCUGCUUUGUUUCACCACAAACAAACCUGAAGUCCCAGCAGCAGGUUUUGUCCCAGUUGCAAUUCAAUAUGCCGAGGAACAAAUACAACCCCCCGCCGUACCAUACAAGUGGUAGCAAACAUCACAGCAGCAGACACAGGCACAGUGAGCUCAUGUCCAACCCAGCCUUUUCCUACUACCCAGGAGAGGAUCUGCCUCAGUUCUAUCUCUGGAGUUCACCGCCUGGUGUGAUGAAGAUAAUGUGCAUCAUCAUCAUCAUCAUGUGUGUGGCUAUGUUUGCCUGUGUCGCUUCCACGCUGGCAUGGGACUACGAUAUGAACAUGAUGGGUCUGGGAAGUGGAGUUGGCAUGAUGCCAGGUGGCUCAUACGGCAGCUCAUAUGGUAGCAGCAGUUUUGGCGGCAUGUAUGGAGGCACUGGUGGCAUUGCCGGCGGCUAUGGCUACGGAGGAACAUACAUGGAUCCCGUCGCUGGCAAAGGCUUCAUCAUUGCCAUCGCUGCCAUAACCUUCAUCGCUGUACUCAUCAUAUUUGUGUUGGUUAUUUCGAGGCAAAAUACUGCCCGCUCACCAAAGUUCUACCUAGCAGCCAUCAUCAUCUGUGCCAUUUUGGCGAUUCUGAUGAUGAUCGCCACUUUUGUGUACUUGGUGGCGGUGAACCCAACAGCCCAGUCCACAGGGUCUAUGUACUACAGCCAGAUCAUCCAGCUGUGUGCCCAGUACCAGACCCAGACCCAGGCCCAGGGCAUCUUCCUCAACCAAUACCUGUACCAUUACUGUGUGGUGGAGCCCCAAGAGGCCAUAGCUAUCGUCCUGGGCUUCGUUGUGUGUGUGGCCCUCAUCAUCCUGCUGGUGUAUGCAGUCAAGACUCGCUCCACGAUCAGGCGCUGGGGCCAGGACCGCAUUCUCUGGGAGGAAGUGAAGGUCCUCAAAAUUGGAACACACAACAGCGUCGGGGAGUGGGUGAACAAUGUGUCCGGUAACCCGGAUGUGAUGCUGAAUGACCAGAAUGGCAAAAUUGGGGGGUCCAGGGACUAUCUGAACCAGCUGGACCACAACAAGCCUCUUUAUAUGCCAGGGUAAGCUAUCCAUUUGAAAGAUCCAGUACUU